CGUCACUGCCCGGGCAACCCCGCCCACUCAGAAAAGGAGAGAAAGAGAGAGAGAGAGAAACGACCAGUUGCUGGAAGUUCCUGCACGAAUCCAAGCUCGCAACCUGAGCUACACACUAACUAACAGAACCUGCUCGACAGAACUUCACCAAAAACAACACUACACAGCGCCACGUGGAAGGAGACGUUGAGGCUUCAGUAAAAUUACGGGAUAGCAAGACAGUUAUAGAAGAAAGGUUUUUCUGGUUGCCGCCCUCUGCAGUCAAAAAUAUUGUUUGAUUCUUUUUAGGUGCUGGCCUAUUUUCAUUAAUCGCCAUGUCAUCUCAGGCGCGACCAAUGACCCCACCGUUGAACUCUGGAGGAUCACAAACCACCGUGUCAAAGGAGUCCCUCAGGCCUCCAGUGUGCAAACACCGAGACCGCUCCCCGUCCCCCGUACGGGCCUUCAAUAUACCCAGCCCCAUGCCCACUCGCAGGAAUAGGACCUGCUCAGCGACGGCUCGUGCAUCAGAGGGUCCGGUCUUUACUGGUGUGUGCAAAUGUUUUUCCCGCUCCAAAGGUCAUGGCUUCAUCACACCGGCAGAUGGGGGAAGUGACAUCUUUGUCCACAUCUCAGACAUUGAGGGUGAGUAUGUCCCAGUGGAAGGUGACGAGGUGAGCUACAAGUUGUGCUCCAUCCCUCCUAAAUUUGAGAAAGUCCAGGCGGUCGAGGUAACCAUCACCCACCUUAAGCCAGGAACCAAACACGAGACCUGGACCGGAAAUGUCGUCAACAGCUGAAUGCUUGAAUGCCAGAUAUUAGUAUUAGAUGGCUGGUUAAUUGCCUGAAGCAUGAAAUUUGUUUAAAAUUGAAUUGAAUCAUUAUCUUUUUUUUAUUUUUUAAGUUCUUAUUUUGCCCUCUGGCAAAUGGAAAAAACAAAAACCUACAGUAGUUGGUGUGACAGGUAUAUGAAUAGAAUUAUGGUGGACAUACUCAUUACAUAAAAGGCUUACAAUAUAUUUCCAACACAUUGACACUUGUUUAAAGUUAUUUGAAAAUAUGUACUGUAUUUCCCUUGCAGUUUACCAGCUUUGAAAGCUACAUUUAGGUCACAACUGAAAUCUUCAGGCUGUUGUUAAUUCAUGUUGCAAUGCUGCAAUUAUUAUUUUUCUUCAACCAGGUCAACACUGUGCCUAUUUCUGCCAUCAAAACUUCAACUUCUUGUGGCUAUUAUACAUGGCCCAUAUUUGAUCAUGCGUGGUUGGAUAUAGUGAGUCUAUUAAAGAAUUGUCAUCA